UAUUCGGGAUUAGGGUUAAUCUCUCUCCCAAACUCCGCCCAAUCUCCACCUCUCUCCGCCGCGCACAAUCAUAACCGUUACCUAUAUAUACACACACUCUGUUAUUCGUCUCUUCUCUCUCUUUCUCUUCUGAUUCUCACUCUCAAAGUCUUCGUCUUUCUGAAUCUUCGUUUAGGGUUUUGGCUUUCGACUCAAUAGGAAAACGAAAUGAGUGGUCAAAUGAGUAGCAAUGACCGAACGAGAACGUAUUGGACCCAAACGAUGGAGCGUUUCUUCAUAGAUCUAAUGAUUGAGCAUCUGCACAGAGGAAACAGAACAGGGCACACUUUCAACAAGCAGGCGUGGAACGAGAUGCUCGUCGUCUUCAAUUCCAAGUUCGGGUCACAGUACGACAAAGACGUGUUGAAAAGCCGGUACACGAAUCUCUGGAAGCAGUACAACGAUGUGAAGAGCCUUCUUGAUCAUGGUGGUUUCUCUUGGGACCAGACUAAUCAAAUGGUGCUCGCAGAUGAGAGCUUGUGGAGUUCUUAUCUCAAGGCUCAUCCUGAGGCUCGUGUGUACAAGACGAAACCGGUGUUGAAUUUCAAUGAUUUGUGCUUAAUCUAUGGGUAUACGGUUGCUGAUGGGAGAUACAGUAGGUCAAGUCAUGAUUUAGAGUCUGAGGACGAGAUCAAUGGAGUCAACAUUGGUGAGAGUAGUAGUGGCAGUCUUGUUCUCUCGAGUAAAGAAAACUCCAAAACCAAGUGGACUCAGGUUAUGGACCAAUACUUCAUCGAGCUUAUGCUUGAUCAGAUCGGAAGAGGCAACAGGACUGGUAAUGCUUUCAGUAAACAAGCGUGGACGGAUAUGCUCGGUUUGUUCAAUGCUAGGUUCAGUGCUCAAUAUGGGAAAAGGGUUUUAAGGCACCGUUACAACAAGCUUUCGAAGUACUACAAGGAUAUGGAAGCUAUAUUGAAAGAAGAUGGGUUUUCUUGGGAUGAAACUCGCCAAACGAUAGCUGCGAAUGAUACCGUUUGGGAUGCUUAUGUCAAGGAGCAUCCGCUUGCUAGAACAUAUAGGGUGAGGACAUUACCGAACUACAAAGAUUUGGAGAUAAUAUUUGCCUGUCCCGCUGAGCAAGGGAUUCAAGCCAAAGAUCUCAAAGAAUUUGAUUCGGCCGCUAAAAUGAAUGAGACUAAGACGAGCCAGGUGCACAAUUCUGACCGCACGAGGACAUUUUGGACUCCACCAAUGGACCAUUAUCUGAUUGACUUGUUAGUGGACCAAGUGAACAAAGGGAACAGAGUUGGGCAGACUUUCAUAACAAGUGCUUGGAACGAAAUGGUUACAGCAUUCAAUGCCAAAUUCGGGUCUCAACACAGCAAAGACGUUUUGAAGAACCGGUACAAACACUUGAAGAGGUCGUACAACGACAUAAAGUUCCUCCUCGAGCAAGACGGGUUCUCAUGGGAUACAAAGAGUGAUAUGGUUAUUGCAGAUGAUGGCAUUUGGGAUACCUAUAUACAGGCACAUCCAGAAGCUCGAUCUUAUCGAGUUAAAACUAUUUCAACGUAUCCAAAUCUUUGCUUCAUCUUUGGGAAGGAAAUGUCGGAUGGGAGAUACACACGCUUGGCUCAAGCUUUUGAUCCCAGUCCUGCAGAAACUGUGCUAAUGAUUGAAAAUAGUAGCACAGAUGAUUUCAAAGAUGCUUUGGGAGAAACUCAGAGUUUACAGAUGGUUCAUGGCAGCGACGAGAAGAAUGAUUACCUCUGUACCAAUACUGGAGCUCCUUGUAUAGAAUGGACACCAGUCAUGGACCGGUGUCUUAUAGAUCUUAUGCUAGAGCAGGUGAACAGAGGAAAUAAGAUUGGUGAGACAUUCACAGAGCAAGCUUGGGCUGACAUUGCAGAAUCCUUCAAUGCCAAGUUCGGUCUGCAGGCUGAUAUGUUCAUGCUGGAGAAUCGUUACAUACUGAUGAUGAAAGAGCGUGAAGACAUUAACAAUAUACUCAGUCUCCCUGGCUUUGCUUGGGAUGAUGAGAAGCAGACAAUUGCUGCAGAAGAUGAAUGUUGGGAAGCAUAUAUUAAGGAGCAUCCAGAUGCAACCAUAUACAAAGGUAAAACGUUGGAUAGUUACUGCGAUUUGUGCAAGUUAUACGAACUUCUCUCUCUAGAAAGCUUCAAUUGUGAGAAUCUCAUGAUCGAGUUGGAAAACUAUGGCCAUGAGAUUGAUAUAGUUGAUGACUUUAGCUCGUCUCCCCACAAGCAGCAGAGUAAGCGAACCAACCCAACAACUCCGUCUAUGGGACUCAUUGUACAUAAGGCUCAGAAGACCGAGAGAGAGACGAGGAAUCCUCUGUUUAACAAAGAAGAUGAGGAUGAUGAUUGCACAAAGCCCCUGCGUCAGAACGAAAUUUACUCAAGAAGAGGAAAUGCCAUUGAUGCAUUGCAAGCUUUGCCCGAUAUGGAUGAUGAGUUACUGUUGGAUGCUUGUGAUCUUUUGGAAGACGACAGGAAAGCAAAGACGUUCUUGGCUUUGGACAGCUCGUUACGUAAGAAAUGGCUAGUGAGAAAGCUUCGUCCUUCGGCUAAUUGUUAAGCUAAUGGGUCUCUCUCCCUUUCAACCCAAACAAGCCACCAGAAUGAAUCUCAAAUCUCAAGGACAACAGAAUAGUGUAUGCAACGUUAGG